AUGGAAUCUCAUAAUACAAAACGAUAUUCUUUGCCAACUGAAGAAGAAUAUGAAGAAUUCAAUCAGGUGCAAUCGCGACAUUAUGUGCUCCGAUAUACUUGGCAAGCAAAUUUUUCCGCACCGGUACAUGAGAAACUACUAUCUGGUGUAAAAGUACUAGACAUUGCCUGCGGUCCGGGUUAUUGGAUACUAGAUAUGGCAUCGAAGUAUCCAAAAUCAGAAUUUACGGGCGUUGACAAAAUAUCGUUUUUUCCAUCAGAGUUGAAACCUCCCAACGCAAAUUUUGAAAAGGGAGAUGCUUUUUGUCUACCGUAUGAAGAGGGGACAUUUGACUUCAUACGAAUGAGUUUGAUGUCAUCAAUUUUCAGUGCAGAAGAUUGGAAAAAUACAAUAUUGCCCGAUGUUUUGAGAAUGCUAAAACCCGGCGGCUAUUUUGAAUCGCAAGAAUUCGAUUGGAAUAUGAUUAAUCUAGGUCCUUGUUUUGGGAAGUUGACUAAUGGAUUUAUUCAAUAUCUUGAAAUAAAUAAUAUCGACAAAUUUAUAUGUUCAAAUAUGGAAAAGUAUUUAAGAGAAACUAAUUUUAUAGAAAUUAACUCGAUCGACGUAGAAUGUCGAUUUUGGGAUGGAAGAUAUGGAAGAUUGGUUCUUGACGAUUUUAUAUUGUCUUAUAAAAGAAUUAUGUUAAAUUUUUGUAAUAUAAUUGGAAUCGACGAAGACCAAUGUUUUAAUUUACUGAGUAAUCUUGAAGAGGAAGUAAUAGAUUACAAGAGCUCAUAUAAAUUAUAUAGAUUUUUCGGAAGAAAAUCUUUUUAG